AGGGAUAAGAUGUUCAGGUAUUAUCUCGCUGGAGAUGUUUUAUUUUCUCAUUCAUAUUCACACUUCGCUUCCUUUCUGUCUCUCUCGUCUCCAGUCACAUCAAGAAACACAUCAUUGAACGUGAUUCGGUAACAUGGCCCGAGGACACAUCCGCCAUGCCAGUUUCGGGUUUCAAAGCCCCAUCCAGCUCCGAACUCUGUCUGCUUGCUCUGGGAGUGGCUCUUCAAUGUGGUUGUCAGUCAAUUAAUGGCUGCUAUUGCAACACGGCCCUUGGGAGCUCGGCAACUUCCUACAUGUCCUCAUGCAUCAGCAAGGGGUGCAGCAAAGUCAAUGACUGGUCAGUCGAUAUGACAAGCAUGCUCAACCUAUACGACUCGUACUGGACACUAGGUUGAGCCAAUCGGAUAUAGUAGCGUUGGCUGCAAGCUUGGGUGUCGGAAUACCGAGCCUGUUGAUUGCAGCUUUGACUCUGUACUUUCAGAUCAGAAAGAAACGCAGAGAUGCCACUAUAUCGCAAACUUCUGCCCAGAUGGCGGCACAACGAAAUGCAUACGGGGUGAAUACGUCUGGGAGCAUACCAUCUUAUCUUCCUGAGUCGGCAGGUUCAAAGGGUUGGUGAUAUCCUAAGCUGGAAUAGAAAAUUACUGCCUGCCUGCCUGAAGGCAACGCAUUCAUGCAUUCAUCCGGGCAACACAGAAAGGGCCGUGAUCAUAUGUUGUUCCUGACUUCUCUUUCUUUGUCUUAUCACCCGCGGGCAGUCUA